CCUGUUCAUUUUGUCUGUCUAGAAAGACUCGACAGGUGCAAAACAAGAUACUCUGUUCAGAAAUGUUUUAUUAAAGAACCUUGGUCCAGUCUGUCUAAUUACGCAUUUUACGACGAUGUUGUCCUGUCUAAGGAUUAACAGAUUAUGUCAUCUGCGAAGCAACAUGUUUAUACAGACGGCAAAAAGUUUUAACAGAAAUGCCAGAGGAUCAAAAUUGUCUCUAAAAAGUAAUGAAAACAUUAUUACAGUGUCUGAUACAGUGUCUUCCAGUGUUGGAUUCAAAAGUUUGAUAAAACCAUUUAUAUUCACAGUCUCAUUUAGUGGAUGUUGCUUUGUAAGUGCAUCUAUUUGGCAGUAUGAGGAAAUGCGAAAGUUUGCUCUACGUUUUAUGAAUUCUCGUGAGCUUUCUUCCCAGUUUGAUCCUUAUGCUCCAAAAUAUACGCGAUUUAAAAUAAGAAGAAAGUUGAAUUCCUGGUGGAAUAGUCAAACUGAAGGCCAGAAAAUAGCAUGUGCUAUUAUUGGCAUUAAUUUGUGUGUCUUUUUGCUAUGGAGGAUACCAUAUUUUUACCCAAUCAUGAGGAAGUACUUUUGUGCCAGCCCUGCAUUAGAAUCUUCAUGUUUGCCAAUGUUCCUGUCAACAUUUAGUCAUAAUUCUUUUCUACAUUUGGCUGCUAAUAUGUAUGUGCUGUAUAGUUUCUGUACUAGUGGAGUUUCUUUUUUUGGCAAAGAACAGUUUUUGGCUUUUUAUUGCAGUGCAGGAGUAAUAUCCUCAUUUACUAGUUAUCUAUAUAAAGUGGGUACUGGAAGAUUUGUGACAACAUUAGGAGCAUCAGGUGCUUUGAUGGCUAUUCUGUCAUCAAUGUGCUUUCAGUUUCCUGAUGCUCAGCUGCAAAUUGUUUUUCUACCAUUUUUGACCUUCUCAGCUGGCCAUGCUAUGAAAGCAGUAAUGGCCCUUGAUCUUGUAGGUAUGUUUGCAAAAUGGAAAUUGUUUGAUCAUGCAGCUCAUUUAGGUGGUGCUAUUUUUGGAAUUGUUUAUGCAAAGUAUGGAUGUGAUUACAUAUGGGGGAAACGAGAAUAUAUAUUUUCUUUAUAUCACAAUAUUAGAGAAAGAAAAGAAUAGCUAUCUUUUCAAUAUUUUCAGCAGCAUCAUUAUUUGUCUUUUAUUUUGUUAACAGUUAAAGUUUAUACCAUAUAAACUUUUAAACUAUGAUAUAUAUUACCUAAUAUCAUAUUCUGAUUGUUUAAUACACUGAAAAUAAAGAACUUAUUUUUUAAAUAAAUUAUUUUGAAAUAUUUGA